AUGCGCUACUCCUUUACCCUCCUCGCCCUCGCGGCCACCGUUCUUGCCCUUCCCGCGGCCAAGCCGGCCGACGAUGGCUCGUGGCGUCCCGGCAAGUAUGAGGGUCCCGGUACCCCAUACGAUGACGGCAAGUGGUAUCCCGGAAAGUACCCCGGCGGCAAGGUGAAGCGCGCCGAUGAUGGAUCAUGGCGCCCCGGAAAGUAUGAGGGCCCCGGCACUCCCUACGAUGACGGAAAAUGGUACCCCGGCAAGUACCCCGGCGGCAAGGCCAAGCGUGCCGACGAUGGCUCGUGGCGCCCGGGCAAGUACGAAGGUCCCGGUACCCCCUACGACGACGGAAAGUGGUAUCCCGGAAAGUACCCCGGUGGCAAGGCCAAGCGCGCCGACGACGGAUCAUGGCGUCCUGGCAAGUACGAGGGCCCCGGCACUCCUUAUGACGAUGGCUCGUGGUACCCCGGAAAGUACCCCGGCGACAAGAAGCCCGCCAACCCUCCUGCCACCAACCCCCGGCUACCAAUCCUCCUGCCACCAACCCUCCGGCGACCAACCCCCGCCGGCACCAAGCCCAAGCCCGAUGAUGGCUCGUGGCGCCCGGGCAAGUACGAAGGUCCCGGCACUCCUUAUGAUGAUGGCAAGUGGUACCCCGGCAAGUACCCCGGUGGCAAGGCCAAGCGCGCCGACGACGGAUCAUGGCGUCCCGGAAAGUACGAGGGUCCCGGCACUCCUUACGAUGACGGUUCGUGGUACCCCGGAAAGUACCCCGGUGACAAGAAGCCCGCCAACCCUCCCGCAACCAACCCUCCGGCAACCAACCCUCCCGCAACCAACCCUCCGGCUACCAACCCUCCUGCUACCAACCCUCCCGCUACCAACCCUCCCGCUACCAACCCUCCCGCUGGCACCAAGCCCAAGGCGGCCGAUGAUGGCUCGUGGCGCCCCGGCAAGUACGAGGGCCCCGGAACCCCUUACGAUGAUGGCAAGUGGUACCCCGGCAAGUACCCCGGCGGCAAGGCCUAG